ACCUAUGAAUUUCAACCUUCCAUCGUCAAUUCGAUAACUUUUACAUCUUCUAGUAAGACGGUCGGGGGAUUGAAGAAUAAUCUACAAGCAGGCGUUUUCCCCGGUGCGCGGAUACUUAUAUAUCGUCGCCUUUUUAUGCACCCAGAUAGGGUGGUACAAUUGUCCCUUCAAUUGAUACUUUUUUGACCGCAGUGAUAAUGGAAGAUAAAAUAAUGGAGGAUAAAACAAUGGAUUCUACUAUCAAAGAGAAAGAAGGCGAUGCGUCCACAACGCCGGUUGAAACUGCAGCGCCAUCCGAACCAGCGCAAGUUUCGGCCCCCAAAGCAUCAAGCCCGGCGCCAAGUACAGCUAGUUCCACUGGUCGCCCUCCCUACAUCCCGCAGUUCUCGACAGUGACCCAGAUGAUCCUGAAGCGGAUAAAUUCCAAGCCAGGCAGUCUGUCGUCGGCGCUAUCAUCCGCGUCGUCCACCAUGGCCAAGACGAGCAUCGAAAAGUCAGCUUAUGAGGAUGCCAAGAGACGUCUCGUCAUGAACAUGAACACGUCCCUAACCAUGCCGAUGCCUAUGCCCCUGCCCAAGCAGUCGACCUCUUCGGCCAAGCAAAAACCAUCAGCCCCCACAACCAUGCGCAUGCCCAUGAACGACGCCUUCCAGCUACGCACGCCAGCGCCUGCCAAGUCCCAAACCCAAGCCGUAGCCAAGUCAUCGUCCGCAACUUCAGCCCAGGCGGCGCAAAAGACUCUCGCGCCCAAACCCAAGGGCAAGGCUCCGCGCGGCACGAAGCGCAAGCGCGGCAAAGACGACGACGAAGACGACGACGCGACCUCGAGUCUCAGCGACCUAUCCGAGAGCGAAGGCUCCGGCACCGUCGCCGCCGCUGCCGCCGCCGCUUCCACCAGCGCGAGGGAUUGCCAGUCCGUACUCACUAUGACAAAGUCCGGCCGGCAAGUGCAGAAGCCGUCGCAGUACAACCCGUCAGCGCAGUCCGCGCGCGACGCCGCGGCGGCGCAGAAGCGCAAGGCCUACGGCAAGCGCACGCCGGAACAGGCGCUGUGCAAAGUGUGCACUCGCGGACUGAGCUUGGCCGCGAACCAGAUCGUGUUCUGCGACGGGUGUAACUGCUGCUGGCAUCAGAUGUGCCACGACCCGUAUAUCGACGACGACUACGUCAGCAACGAGUCGCGUUCGUGGUUUUGUCGCGGAUGCAUGGCGAAGCGGGAGAGGCAUCUGGCCCGCAAGAAGAGCCUCGAGGGUUUCAAGGGGGUGAGUUGGGCAGCUAAGAGCGCUGAGCAGAAACGCACCUAUCUCUCAGGUGUUCCUCAUACACAGCUCGUCAACAUCAUCAUGUACAGCACAGAACUCCACCCCGAUCUCCCCAUCUUCCCCGCCCACGAACCUAAACGCGGCGGCGCUCAAGCGGGCCGCCCGUCUUCGUACGAUAGCGCGCGCGUGAAGACCGACUCCAACAUCAACGUCGGUCCGACACACUACUCCAGCAAGGUAUCAACGCCAGACUCGCAUUCCGUGACCGUGAAGACCAGCACCGCCAAGGGCAACGCCGCCGAGAGCCAAAACCAAGCAGCGAGGGAAUCGUCGACGGAGUCCGUGCCCGCGGCCUGGCCUAAAGUCGGACAGGGAUGUCUAGCAGGCGUGGAGAUGGAUGAGGAUGAUCUGAAAGAUGAUAAUGACUACGAGGCUUUUAGCGUCACUACGUAUGACGCGAAAGGCAAGAAGGUCAUGGAGAACGGCAUGGCUGUAUAAAGUCAAAUGCGAUAGCAUGCCGUUGUAAUAGGGAUGGCCGUUGAGCCUUUGAUUUGGAAUGACGGAUCGGAGUAGGAAGGUUAAAUGGUAGUCAAAGGACGUGAGGCUAUUGUAAGCUCG